ACUAGCACUGAGUCGACUUUAGCGGGGCGCCGCGAGCGCCGGACAGGCUAGCUUAGCCUCGUUAGCCCCAGAGUUGAGUUAGCUGGAAAAAACAACCAAAAACCGAAAAGAAAUCCUGCCGGUGAACUCCAGAUGGUGUUUCUGACCAAAACCGGACACUUCGAGCGCUGAGAUGCCGUCUCACCCGCCUGCAGAGUCCGGGAUGUUCUGGUUCUUCUGUUUGAGCACGCGCCGACCCGCAGCGCCCAGGAGGCGGUGCUGCUGAGACGUGAGCUCGCCGCUGCUGCUGCUGCCAUGGACGAGUUCAGCACCAGGACGUACGGCACCAGCAGCGGCCUGGACAACCGGCCUCUGUUCGGGGAGACCUCAGCGCGGGAUCGGAUCAUUAACUUGGCGGUGGGAGGAGUCACGUUUGUGGUGGUUCUGGUGACGGUGAUCGGCUCCUUCGUGUUCCCCUCGCCGCCGCCGCGCCCGCUCAACGUCUUCUUUGCCGUGUGCAUCCUGUUAGCAUGCGGGUCCACCAUGGUUCUGAUAUACUGGUACCGGCAGGGCGACCUGGAGCCCAAAUUCCGGAACCUGAUCUACUACAUGCUGGCGUCCAUCGUGCUGCUGUGUCUCUGUGCCAACCUGUACUUCUUCGACGUCAGGUAAAGAGGCGGAGAAGAGGGCGUGGUCUGGAUGGGCAGAAGCGCCGACCGGAACGUCAGACACGAACUUGAAGCUCGGACCAAAAAGCAGAAACGUGCCGUUCUGUGAGCCUGUAGAUGCAGAAGAACCGGGUCACAUCCUGAAGGGAGGAGGAGGGUGUGAGGAAGCAUCAGAACCGUCUGGUUGCCUUAAAGCAGCAGCAGAAUAUUUCCAGAAUAUUUCCGGAGCAUCGUUGUGACUCUUGAGGAGCUCCACCAAACGGACUAACCUCCACCAGGGGGCGCUGCUGAGCAAAAACAAAAACAGACUUUGAGCACUAUUGUCAGGAGGUUUCUGAAGAUGGAGAUUUCCAGUCUGAGGUUCUACUUCCUGCUUUGAAUCCAUUCCAAAGCCACCGGGACUCCAACCGUUUCCUCUGAGCAUGAAGGCCGGAAACCGUCCGGUUUGGAUCGUUUUUCCAUAAGACCAACCAGGAAGCGCCUCCAUCCAUCCAGGUCAGAGCUUUUAGGUUCUGAUGGGAACUUCCCUUUUUUGGUGCUGAAAUCUUGAAGUUCCAGAUCCUCCUGACUGUUACACAACAAUCUAGAACCGUUACAUCCGCCGUAGGAUUACAGGUGUCGUAUUCCAAGGAUCCAAAACAUUCCCAGCAUCAGAACAAAUCUAAAACUCGGAUCUUCUGGGAAGUUUUCCGUCUGUUUCCUCUGAUGCUCUCAGCCAAUAAAAUCCUGAUCUUUCUGAAUCAGCGAUGAACUGGUUCCUGAUUCAGAACCGGGUCCUGAUUCAGAACCGGGUCCUGAUUCAGCUUCUAGGAGAACGUUCCAACAAGAUGCCAAGCAAUAAAAGAAUCUGUUUUUGUUCGUCGGAGAACGUGGAUGUUCUGAAGAAGAUGAAGGAAUUUAGUUUGUUUUUGUCGUAGUUUUCCGACACGUCUUUAGGAUCGUUUCACCUUUUUCUGUUUUUAAUUUAAAUGAAAAGUUUUAUGGGAAUAAAGAUUUGAAGACACGA